AUGCUCAGGUUAAAUAAAUUUUUUUCUCAUGCUAAUGUCACCGCCUUUAAUCCGUGGAAAAACAGACCCUCAGGAUUAGCUCUGAACGGCCGACCGCAGAUGGUCAACCCGAGAUAUUUUAGGGGGAAAUAUAGAAAGGAGAACCCAGACGAUCCAACUCGUCUUUUGAAGGCGAAACAUGUUUUGCUAAAGCGAUGUCACUUAUGCAAUCGAACGCUGUUUGUUCCCCGUUCCCAAAGGGACCACUUUCAUACAUGUUGCGAGGGUGUGCGUAUGAAAGAAUUUGCGAAUAUGGAAUCGGUAAUGAAUUCGGAGCACAAACUACUGACACUGUCUCGGCAGUGGGAUAGCGAAAACGAACGGCCUUGGUGCAGCCCACAUAGACCGCGACCUAAGGGUCGAUCGAAGUUUAAAAAGUGA